AUGAAGGGCUUCAGACAGAGAGUGCAUGAGCAGUUGUCGAGAGCGAAAGAUGCAAAUAAAUCGUCGAAAAAGAAAGAUGCCCAGAGCCAACCUUCCUUGGGGAUCAAUCCGGCUCAACAGUCUUCGUCUCCAAACCACGGCACUCCGACCUCAUCUACAACUUCGGUAAAUGAUGCUAGAGGGAAAUCGCCGGAUAAUGCCUCACAGGCUGGGGCGUAUCCCCAUGGUCAAUAUUUUAUCCCACAGGGCGCAGGAGUCGCUGGUCAACCCGUGAAUAACGGAGCGCCAGGAACCCCAACAAAACAAGGCCAGCCAAUAGCCCCUAGUGUGGUUAUUAGCCCAAGUGCACCGCAUGUUCCUCCGCCCGGUGCUGCCGAGACGAUGCCAGGUGAUCUGGCACCUCCAAGGAAAUCUCACGUCUUCGACCGCCUUCAGACAACCCCUAAGGAUAUGUCCGAGGGUAUCCGCACCCCAAAGCGGCAGCAUUCGUCGCGAUUUGAUAUUUCCGACCAGCGUCAGAGGGAGUUGGAAAAACUUCCCGGGUUCCAUGAAGUACCCCCAAAUCGGCGCCAGGAGCUCUUCAUGCAAAAAAUCGAUCAGUGCAAUAUCAUAUUUGAUUUCAACGACCCUACUGCAGAUAUGAAGUCCAAGGAGAUCAAGAGACUUGCGCUCCACGAACUUUUGGAUUAUGUUGCCAACAAUCGCUCAGUGAUUACUGAACCAAUGUAUCCUCGAGUGGUGGAAAUGUUUGCCAAAAACCUAUUUCGACCAAUUCCGCCGCCAGUAACGCCUCAGGGUGAGGCCUUUGACCCAGAGGAGGAUGAACCGGUUCUGGAAGUGGCCUGGCCCCAUAUCCAAGUUGUUUAUGAGUUCUUUUUGCGAUUCAUCGAAAGCCAAGAUUUCAACACGAACAUUGCGAAGGCUUAUAUUGAUCACCAUUUCGUGCUCCAGUUGCUGGAACUGUUUGACUCUGAGGAUCCUCGCGAACGAGAUUUCCUCAAAACAACGCUACAUCGGAUUUACGGAAAAUUCUUGAACCUGCGGUCAUAUAUUCGGCGAUCUAUCAACAAUGUUUUCUUCCAAUUCACAUACGAAACCGAGCGAUUUAACGGAAUUGCGGAAUUGUUGGAAAUUCUGGGGUCAAUCAUCAACGGAUUCGCCCUUCCUCUCAAGGAAGAACACAAACUUUUCUUGACCAGAGUCCUGCUUCCCCUACAUAAGGUUAAAAGUCUUAGCAUGUACCACCCACAAUUGGCUUAUUGUAUUGUCCAAUUCCUAGAGAAGGAUUCCUCACUCACAGAAGAGGUCGUUCUUGGGCUACUACGCUACUGGCCCAAGGUCAAUAGCACGAAGGAAGUAAUGUACCUGAACGAAGUGGAAGAUAUUUUCGAGGUUAUGGAUCCAGCAGAGUUUGCCAAGGUCCAAGAGCCCUUGUUUCAACAACUGGCCAAGUCAGUUGCCAGUCCGCACUUCCAGGUUGCGGAACGGGCACUCUACUUCUGGAACAACGAAUACUUCUGUAACUUGGUCAGCGACAAUGUGGACACAAUCUUACCGAUUAUGUUUCCUCCACUGUAUGAGAAUUCAAAAGGUCAUUGGAACAGGACAAUCCACAGCAUGGUCUACAAUGCAAUGAAGAUGUUCAUGGAGAUCAAUCCUCAGCUUUUCGAUGAAUGCUCUCACGAGUACAAUGAGCGUCAGAAUAAUGCUGAGCAGCGUGAAAAGGCUCGGCAAAGCCGAUGGGAAAAGGUCGCAGAGCGAGCCAAGGAACGACAGAAUGGCAUUGCCCGGCCUCCACAACUGGCGUCUGCGGACAUUCCAAUCCAAGUGGACGAGAUCGACUCUAUCACCAAUGACAGUCAGAAGCGCCUUCACUCUCUGAAGCUGGAUGAGCCAGGUACAACAACUGAGCGAAGGGCCACUGCGGGAUCGAGAAGGCGCCGCGGCUCCCUCGAUAGUCCUAGGAGGCGAAGAAGUGGUAGCGGCAGCGAGAUCCGACCCCGACGAAGGUAA